GGGUCGGGCGGCGCCUGGAGCUUCCCUCCCGUCGCUGGCGCUAGGCCCCUCGGCUCUCCUCCGCCCGUUCCUCCUCACGGCCCUGGCUAGGUCCAGGCAGCGCGCCCCCGGGGAGGGCGGAGCCGUAGAUAUGGUAUAAGCUGUUUCUUCAAGAUUGGGCAGCUGAGGACCUGGUAUUUCUGAUUAGCCUUCAGCAGACUUUUAGCCAUAGAGAAACCUCACAGAGUUCCGUAUUUUGUUUUCUGCUUUACACCUUUCCUGGCACCUGAAUUCAUCUUGCAACCAUGUAUGGAAGUGCUCGCUCAGUUGGAAAGGUGGAACCAAGCAACCAGAGCCCUGGGCGAUCACCUCGGCUUCCACGUUCCCCUCGCUUGGGUCACCGUCGAACCAAUAGUACAGGAGGGAGUUCUGGAAGCAGUGUCGGAGGUGGCAGUGGGAAAACCCUUUCAAUGGAGAAUAUCCAGUCCUUAAAUGCUGCCUAUGCCACUUCUGGCCCUAUGUACCUAAGUGACCAUGAAAAUGUGGGUUCAGAAACACCUAAAAGCACCAUGACACUUGGCCGUUCUGGAGGACGUCUGCCUUAUGGUGUGAGGAUGACUGCUAUGGGCAGUAGCCCCAAUAUAGCCAGCAGUGGGGUUGCUAGUGACACCAUAGCAUUUGGCGAGCAUCACCUCCCUCCUGUGAGCAUGGCAUCCACCGUUCCUCACUCUCUCCGUCAAGCAAGAGAUAACACAAUCAUGGAUCUGCAGACACAGCUGAAGGAAGUAUUAAGGGAAAAUGAUCUCUUGCGAAAGGAUGUGGAAGUAAAGGAGAGCAAAUUAAGUUCUUCAAUGAAUAGCAUCAAGACCUUCUGGAGCCCAGAGCUGAAGAAAGAACGAGCCCUGAGAAAAGAUGAAGCUUCCAAAAUCACUAUUUGGAAGGAACAGUAUAGAGUUGUGCAGGAGGAAAACCAGCACAUGCAAAUGACAAUCCAGGCUCUCCAGGAUGAAUUGCGGAUCCAGAGGGACCUGAACCAGCUGUUUCAACAGGAUAGUAACAGUAGGACUGGUGAGCCUUGUGUGACAGAGCUGACGGAGGAGAACUUUCAGAGGCUGCACGCUGAGCACGAGCGGCAGGCCAAGGAGCUGUUCCUCCUUCGAAAGACUCUGGAGGAGAUGGAGCUGCGGAUUGAGACUCAGAAGCAAACCCUGAAUGCUCGGGACGAAUCCAUCAAGAAGCUUCUGGAGAUGUUGCAGAGCAAGGGGCUUCCUGCUAAGGCUACUGAGGAGGACCACGAGAGAACAAGGAGACUGGCAGAGGCGGAGAUGCACGUCCACCACCUCGAAAGCCUUUUGGAGCAGAAGGAAAAAGAGAACGCUCUGUUGAGAGAGGAGAUGCAUCGGAGAUUUGAGAAUGCCUCCGAUUCUGCCAAAACUAAAGCUCUGCAAACCGUUAUCGAAAUGAAGGAUUCAAAAAUUUCCUCUAUGGAGCGUGGGCUCCGAGACUUGGAAGAGGAGAUUCAGAUGCUGAAAUCGAACGGGGCUUUGAGUACUGAAGAACGAGAGGAAGAAAUGAAGCAAAUGGAGGUCUAUCGGAGCCAUUCUAAAUUUAUGAAAAACAAGGUAGAGCAACUGAAGGAGCAGCUAAAUUCGAAAGAGGCUCAAGGGGCGGAGCUGAGAAAGAGAGCGGCUGGUCUUCAGGCCGAGGUCUUUGCCAUUGGUCAGGUGAAGCAGGAGCUGUCCAGAAAGGACACAGAACUACUAGCCCUACAGACAAAGCUAGAAACACUCACCAACCAGUUCUCAGACAGCAAGCAACACAUUGAAGUGCUGAAGGAGUCCUUGACUGCUAAGGAGCAGAGGGCUGCCAUCCUGCAGACCGAGGUGGAUGCUCUGCGGUUGCGUUUGGAAGAGAAGGAAACCAUGCUGAAUAAGAAGACAAAACAAAUCCAGGACAUGGCUGAGGAGAAGGGGACACAAGCUGGAGAGAUCCAUGACCUCAAGGACAUGCUGGAUGUGAAGGAGCGGAAAGUUAAUGUCCUUCAGAAGAAGAUUGAAAAUCUCCAAGAGCAGCUUAGAGAUAAGGAAAAGCAGAUGAGCAGCUUGAAGGAGCGAGUCAAAUCCCUGCAGGCUGACACCACCAACACCGACACCGCCUUGACUACUUUGGAGGAGGCCCUUGCCGAGAAGGAGCGGACAAUCGAACGCUUAAAGGACCAGCGGGACCGAGAUGAGCGAGAAAAGCAGGAGGAAAUUGAUAACUACAAAAAAGAUCUUAAAGACCUGAAAGAAAAAGUCAGCGUACUGCAAGGCGACCUCUCAGAGAAAGAGGCUUCACUCUUGGAUCUGAAAGAGCAUGCUUCUUCCCUGGCUUCUGCGGGGCUGAAAAAGGACUCGCGGCUGAAGACACUGGAAAUUGCUUUGGAGCAGAAGAAGGAAGAGUGUCUGAAGAUGGACUCGCAGCUGAAAAAGGCACACGAGGCAGCAUUGGAAGCCAGAGCCAGUCCAGAGAUGAGUGAUCGAAUACAGCAAUUGGAGAGAGAGAUUGCCAGGUACAAAGAUGACUCUAGCAAGGCCCAGGCAGAAGUUGACCGCCUCUUGGAAAUCUUGAAGGAGGUGGAAAAUGAGAAGAAUGACAAAGAUAAGAAGAUUGCUGAGUUGGAAAGGCAAGUGAAAGACCAGAAUAAGAAGGUAGCAAACCUGAAGCACAAGGAGCAGGUGGAGAAGAAGAAAAGCGCGCAGAUGCUGGAGGAGGCCCGGCGCAGGGAGGACACCCUCAGCGACAGCUCCCAGCAGCUGCAGGACAGCCUCCGUAAGAAGGACGACAGGAUCGAAGAGCUGGAGGAAGCACUAAGAGAAAGUGUGCAGAUAACUGCGGAGCGAGAGGUGGUGCUGGCGCAGGAGGAGUCAGCCAGGACCAGCGCUGAAAAACAGGUGGAGGAGUUACUGAUGGCCAUGGAGAAGGUAAAACAGGAGCUGGAGUCCAUGAAGGCGAAGCUGUCCUGCACCCAGCAGUCACUGGCAGAGAAGGAAACUCAUUUGACCAACCUUCGGGCCGAGAGAAGAAAACACUUAGAGGAAGUUCUGGAGAUGAAGCAGGAAGCCCUUCUGGCCGCCAUCAGUGAGAAAGAUGCCAAUAUAGCUCUUCUGGAGCUUUCAUCCUCGAAGAAGAAGACCCAGGAAGAAGUGGCUGCCCUGAAGCGGGAGAAGGACCGGCUCGUGCAGCAGCUCAAGCAGCAGACACAAAACCGAAUGAAGCUCAUGGCGGACAAUUAUGAGGACGACCACUUCAGACCCUCCCACUGCAGCCAAGGCGGCCGCAAACCCUCCCCGGACCAGAUCAUCCAGCCCCUCUUAGAACUUGACCAAAACAGAAGCAAACUAAAGUUGUACAUUGGACACCUGACAGCCCUCUGCCAUGACCGAGACCCCCUGAUUCUUCAAGGACUCACUCCACCAGCUUCCUACAACUUGGACGAUGACCAGGCAGCACGGGAGAAGGGGCUGCAGAAGAUGACCCAGGAACAGCUUCAGCGCGAGCUGGAGAAGGGCGAGCUGGACCACUCGGAGCUCCAGGAGUUCGCCAACGCCGUCCUGCAGCGGAUAGCGGACCGCUGCCCCGACAUCCUGGAGCAGGUGGUCAGCGCGCUGGAGGAGUCUUCGUGACCGGCCCCGUGGGGCGCGGCCAGCCCAGCGCAG